AUGGCAGAAAAGGCUUGUAUAAAACGUCUUCAAAAGGAAUAUAGAGCACUUUGCAAGGAACCAGUCUCCCAUGUUGUUGCUCGUCCUUCCCCGAAUGACAUUCUCGAGUGGCAUUAUGUGCUGGAAGGUAGUGAUGGAACACCUUUCGCAGGUGGAUAUUACUAUGGAAAGAUCAAGUUCCCUCCAGAGUAUCCUUACAAGCCACCUGGAAUUACAAUGACUACACCAAAUGGUCGAUUCAUGACACAAAAGAAACUCUGUCUGUCUAUGAGUGAUUUUCAUCCAGAAACCUGGAAUCCGAUGUGGUCUGUGUCAAGCAUACUUACAGGACUUCUCUCAUUUAUGAUGGAUAACAGCCCGACAACCGGAAGUGUGAACACUACUGUAGCUGAGAAACAACGGUUGGCUAAGUCAUCUCUCGCUUUCAAUUGUAAAACCCCAGCGUUCCGGAAGCUAUUCCCAGAGUAUGUGGAGAAGUACAACCAGCAGCAACUAGCUGAGCAAGCUGGCACGCAACAGACGACACCAGAGUCUCCUCAAAAGAACAAUACCGAAGCCGAGUCAGAGAAUACCGUCGACCCAGCAAAGGAAAACUCAGAGGAUGGCUUGAAGGAGAGGAGGAAGAACAAGAAACAGGGAUUGCCGGCAUGGAUUAUACUGUUGCUAGUGUCGGUUUUCGGGGUUGUAAUGGCGUUGCCGUUGCUUCAACUGUGA